CACAAUGCCGUAUUUCUGAAAUACACCGAAACACAGUUUUAACAUGGCGGAGAACAUUAACAAUUCCGGAAAAUCUGGUGUUAUAACAAUAACCGUUAAAACUCCUAAAGAGAAACAUAAUGUAGAGGUGAAAGACGGAGCUUCUGUUCGUGAGCUAAAGGAGGAAAUACAAAAAAAGUUUAAUGCUCCUUAUGAGCAACUGUGUAUUAUCUUUGCUGGAAAAAUCAUGAAAGAUGAGGACUCCCUUGAGCAACAUGGAAUAAAAGAUGGAUUAACAGUGCAUCUAGUCAUUAAAUCAGCCAACAGAACUGUGCCAGACCCACCACCUAGGACUUCAACAGCUACCCCGCAGACUGCCCCAGAUAUAUCUCAAACACCUUUUUCACUUGGAGGUAUUGGAGGACUUGGUGGCUUGAGUGGUCUGGGCAUGGGCUCUGCUAACUUUAUGGAGAUGCAGCAGAGAAUGCAACGUGAAAUGCUGGGUAAUCCAGAUAUGUUACGCCAACUAAUGGACAACCCUUUUGUGCAAUCAAUGAUGUCCAAUCCAGAAAUUAUGAGGUCUUUGUUAAUGAACAAUCCACAGAUGAGAGAACUUAUGGAGCGUAAUCCAGAGAUCACUCAUAUGCUAAAUAACCCUGAACUUAUGCGUCAAACAAUGGAAUUGGCCCGCAACCCAGCUAUGAUGCAGGAACUAAUGAGAUCGCAAGAUAGAGCUAUGAGUAAUUUAGAGAGUAUUCCUGGUGGUUUUAAUGCUCUAACACGCAUGUACCGUGAUAUACAAGAACCUAUGAUGAGUGCAGCUCAAGAAACAAUGGGAUCUAAUCCAUUUGCUUCCCUUGUGAGCAAUACCUCUGGUGAAAAUACACAACAAGGCAGAGAAAACAGGGAUCCCUUGCCUAAUCCUUGGGGUAGUCCACCUGCAAGUACCACAGGCAGUGCUGCCAAUGUUACACCAGGAGAAACCACUACUACUGCUGGUAUGUUUAACACCCCAGGUAUGCAAAGUUUAAUGAUGCAGAUGAUGCAGAAUCCUCAAAUGAUGAGCAACAUGCUUCAAGCACCGUACAUGCAGUCAAUGAUGCAGUCUUUGUCUGCAAAUCCAGAGCUUGCUCAACAGAUUAUUGGAAAUAACCCUUUGUUUGCCAACAAUCCACAAAUGCAAGCCAAUUUAACAACAAUGAUGCCCACUCUUCUUCAGCAGAUGCAGAAUCCAGAUAUUCAAAACAUGGUGACUAACCCUAGAGCUUUGGAAGCUCUCAUGCAGAUACAAAGUGGUUUAAGUCAGCUCCAACAAGAGUCUCCAAAUCUUUUUUCUAAUGUGACAGGCUUAGGUGGUUUACCAACAAUGAUGACAGGUAGUACAACAUCCACAGCUACUCCAUCAACCACAACUUCCCCCUCCUCCACAGUAACAGCAACUACUCCAAGCAGAGGUGGUAUAACCUCUGCUGGGGGACCUCUAGGUUUAGGGCAGCAAAGUAACCCAGAAGCUUUUUCUACCAUGAUGGCUCAAAUGAUGCAGAUGAUGGUUGGAGGACAACAGAAUCAGCCCCCAGAGCAGAGAUAUGCAUCACAGUUAGAACAGUUAGCAACCAUGGGCUUUGUUGAUAGAGAAGCAAAUAUUAGAGCCCUAACAGCAACAUUUGGUGAUGUGAAUGCUGCUAUAGACAGACUUUUACAGCAAAGAUGAUGCUCUAACAGACUUAUUUCAAAAUCUACAAACUAACAAAAUAUUUAUUAUUUUAUAUUAAAUAAUGAUUCAUUUGUGAAAAAAUACAUUUUAUUUCAUUAUUCAAAUAUUCCAAAAUCCUGUCUAUGUUUACAUGUUCAAUGUUAAGUUAUCAAAGACAGUUUAAUAUAGGUAAAUGUAGGAAAUAUAUAUGUGCUAACAAAAUCUUUUAAUUAUUCUUCAUUUAAAAUCUUUUAAAUCUUUCUUUAUUUUUAUUUCAUUUCAACUUCCUAUCUGGCUUUUUUUUUAAAUGUACAAAGUAAGAUUGCAUUUAUAAAUGAAUAAAAAUGUACAGACACACAAAGGUUCUAAUGUACAUUGGUUUACCCACAAAUAAGUGGUGGGUGUACUCUGGUUUUAACACUGUUGUGUACACUGCUGUGUUCAGUUACACUAGCAGUAGGUGUGAUUGUGCACACAUUGUGUACAGUUGUUGAAAGUAUUUAAACAGAAAAACAAACUACCGGUUCUAGAUUUACAAGUUUUUGAAGGUAGGUUUGUUCUGACUAUGUCAUUUGUUUUAACAUACCCUUGGUUGUACCAGCUGACAAAGUUUGUGAUCGCAUACAAGUUACAUUUCAAUUAUCUUGUGUCAUACACCUUGUCUAAUAAACCUUGAUUUUUCAUUAAGAUUAAUCUUUUUUUAUAAAUAAGUAUUUUAUUUUUUUUUAAACUGUUUAAGAUUAUGUAUUCCUUGGACACAGUGAAGCUGUUUUUAGACUGAAAAUUUUAAUACUCUUCGCUUUGUAUGAAAUAUCUUAAUAUUUUGUUGAAAAUGGUUUAGUAUUUAGCACUGUCUUUGGCGUUUACACAAUACUGUGUAGGAAAAGUUAUUUUUAUCAAUGAAUUAAGAAAUGUGUUCAGUUAUUCAGUAAGUUAACAUUUUGAGUUGCAUUUAACAUUUUCAGAACUUAGAUAUUAUUGAAAUUAUUAGAAAUAAAUAUUUAUGCCUAAGAAUUCCGUCAUUUUAUUUAGAUAUUUUUCAAUUAUUAGUUAUUUAGAUGUUAUUCAGUUACAUUUAAUUAAAGUCAACAAAUAAGAAUUGUUGAAUUAGAAUACUUUUGGCCUCUUUUUUUUUCAAUGUGGACCUUGUACUACUGAUUAACAAAAAUGGGUUAUUUUAGAUCUUGUGUGAUAUGCUAAGAAUUUGGUGCAUAUCUAUACAGACUCAGU